AUGAAUUUUAAUGAAGCUUUUACUGUAUUUCAAAAUCCUAAUAUAGUGGGACAAGAACAGGAGUAUGCCAACCAGAUGCUCACCAGCAUGAUGGAAGAAUCUCCUAUAAAUUUCAUAGAAAAUAUUUUGAAUUUAAUCAAUGACGAUCAAAUUCAAGAUCGAGUUCGAAUAAACGGCAUAAAAUUUCUUACUGUACCCCUCAAAUCAGGCCAAUCAACAUUUACUUACAAAUCCAAAAUAAAUAUUCCGGAAGAAGUGAUUCAGAACACGAUAAACGCGAUUGGUUCAUUUCUUACAUAUCCCAAAGAGGUCAGCAGCGAAGCCGCCAAAGUAUUUUGCUUUUAUAUCCGAAAUACUUACAAUGAUCAAAUAAUUCUUUCGAGUUUAACGACAUUACUACAAAUAGUCACACCGGAGAAGAAGCCAGAAGAGAACGAACUCAUACUCAACCUGUUUCGGCAGUCAACAAAAGAAAGAUGGCACGGAUUUGACACAUUAGAGCUUAUCGGCACUUUAAUCAAUAUUUUAUCGAUCGAAACUCUUACGAAAGACUCAAUCUCAUCAAUUCUGAGGUCCAUUUGUCAAAUUUACAGGGAACCGUUUUUAAUUGACGAAAAUACAAAUUUAGAUUUUGUUUCAACACUAUUAGACCUUGGCUGGCAUUAUUCCGAAGAUUUUCCCAAAGAAUGUUCCGAUCUUUUAACGAAACUCUCAACAUCUUUUGCAAUUAUUUUGAAUUAUCCUGAAUUUCCAGAAAAUUCAUUCCAAUGUCUCCAGAAGUCUCCCUAUUUCAUCAAACUGUAUAGAGGAAGGUACAUGGAAGAGUAUUUCAAGUUUAUGUAUGAUAAUCAUUUAAAUGAAAUCCUUGGAAUUAUUUUUCAAAUACUUUCGGAAGAAAUAAAUGAAGAAAUAAACGACGAAAACAAUCAUGACAGAUGGGAUGAUCCUAUACAAGUAUGUCGUAAUUUAAUAUAUGAAAUAUAUCAGCAAAGACGUGAAUUACUACAAGAACUGUUUGAACAAUAUGUUUUAGAACAUAUAAAUGAAGAAUCAACAGGAGAAAAAUAUGUUGCAAGUUUAAUUAAUUUUACUUUGUAUACUGAUACUUUUAAUAUGACUGAUAAUGAUUCACAACAAAAGAUUGAUCAAAGUAUUAUCACUUCUCUGUUAUUAAAUGAUCCAAAUCCUUAUAUUCAUAGAGAAGGAUUGAGUUUGAUGCAAAAUAGAAUUGUAAAUAAACAAGUAAAUCUAACAAACGAAGAUUGUCAAUUAUUUUUGGAAGAUUACAUGUCAGAUUUAAAGCCGAUAUCAAAUGGAGGCUGCCAGUGUUUGAAUGCGAUGUGUAUGAAUGGAGAUCCUGAUGUUUCAAAUCAAAUUAUAUGUUUGUUGUUGCAACAAGCACAGAGUUCUACAAAUACUGAUAAAGUACAAAAUAUUUUGUUUGAUGUAGCGAAUUUGGUAACAAAUGUACCUUUGGAAGUUGCGCAAUCAUUCAUUUCUGAUGUAUUAAAUUUAGUUUUGAAUUUGGAAAAUGAUUCUGAAUAUUAUGGUGCUUACGUCAAAAUAUUAUAUAAAUUAAUUAUAAAAUGCGGGCAAACAGUGGAACCAAUUUAUAAUGAACUUGUUCAAUUGAUUGAUGCAUUGUUAAAUAACGAAAGAGAAGAUGAUGCAAUGUAUAUAAUGGCAAGUUUGAUUGAAUCUUUCGGUGAAAAUGUCCCUGAUUUGAUAAAUUUGAGUAUAAAUAAAUGUCUUGAAAGAAUUCCUAAUGCUGAUAACUUCCAGAACCUCAGCGCUAUUUGUACUUUGUUGUAUAAUGUUAUAACAAAUAUUACUGAUGAAAAUAAUCUUAAUAUAAUCAUUGAAUCAGUAAUGAGAUACAUAGAUGAAGAUGUAAAAGGUGACAAUUUGUCACGUUUAUAUUCAUUGAUUUAUUCAAUUGCAAGCAUCAAUGGAGACGUGAUAAAGAAUCACGCGAAUGAGUUAUUCAGACUCAAAACAAAUAAUUACUUUGAUUAUAUAACGAGAAGCAAAAUUGAUGUCGCAAGAUUUGUUAUAAUUAUGUGUCAAUGCGUUGAUAUAAAUAAUAUUCCUUCUUCUUUGCCGCAGUGGUUGAAUAUUGGAAUUGAUGCAUGUAUAAAUAUUGUGAAGUACUCAGGUACAAAUACAUCUGAAGAACAAAAAGUAGAAGCUGUCAAUGGAUUGAUUGAUAUUUAUGAAGCUGCAAAUACAUUCGGAUUGAUGGAAAAUGUCACUACUAUUUUCUUCUAUAUUUACAAGGAUUUCGAGGACAGAGUUCCAGAAGAAAGAAAAGAAAGAUUCCACAUGUUAUGUCCUCCUCCUGAUGAACAGAAAACUCAGGCAUUCGGUCAGUUUAAGGUAUCUAUUCUCCAAUCAUUUGCUCAGAAAUAA